AUGGCAAAUAACCAGCUCAAUGGUCAAAUCCCAACUGAGCUUGGACAACUAAAUAGGCUGCAGUACCUCAACCUCAGCUCGAAUGAUCUUAGCGGUGUGAUUCCAAGCACCAUAUCUUCAUGCUCUCGACUUCAGAUCAUCGAUCUUGGAGGAAACGCUCUCCAAGGUGAGAUUCCUUCAAGCUUGAGCCAAUGUUUAAAUCUUGAGAAGCUCAUAUUGCGGCAAAAUGGCUUCAGUGGUGUUAUUCCAGAAAGUCUGGGGAUGCUCCGCAAUCUUUCACUUUUGCAUCUUGCUCAAAAUAGUCUAAGCGGCGAAAUUCCGCUUUCACUCGGAUACAGACCCUCUCUUAGAGCUGUUGUUCUUGCAAACAAUAGACUUACCGGACCAAUCCCACCUUUCCUAUCUAAUAGUUCAUCACUUGAAUAUCUGGACUUAACAGAGAACAGUCUUGGUGGAGUGAUUCCUUAUGCUCUGUUAAAUAGCAUGUCACUCGAAACAAUUGCCCUUGGAUUGAACAAUUUUGUUGGGCCUAUACCAGAUUUGUCGCAACCCAACUCUCCCUUGCAGUAUCUCAUUUUGCAAUCAAACAAUCUUAUUGGACCUAUACCUUCCUCUUUAGGGAAUUUAUCUUCCCUUAUCUGGCUUUCUCUUGGAAACAACAGUUUUGAAGGUAUCAUCCCGGCGAGUAUCAGUAAAAUUCCAAACCUUCAAUUACUGGACCUGACUUACAAUCUGUUGUCAGGAACUGUCCCAGCCUCUAUUUACAAUAUGUCAGCGCUCACAUACCUUGGCAUAGGCAGGAACGGCCUUGUGGCAGAAAUUCCACAUAGCAUUGGCUACACUCUUCCAAGUAUCCAAACCUUGAUUUUGGGAGGAAACCAAUUCCAUGGCGAAAUCCCAGCUUCACUGGCCAACGCAACAAACAUUAUGUUGAUAGAUCUAGAGUACAAUGCAUUUUCUGGAACUAUUCCUUCUUUGGGUUCAGUACCCAACUUGGAGAAACUGAAUCUUGGCACCAAUCAGCUCGAAGCAGGUGAUUGGUCUUUCCUUUCCUCACUAGCCAAUUGCACACGGUUAGUCAGAUUAUCUCUAUCAAGAAACAAAAUUCAAGGAACAUUGCCAAGUUCCAUUGGUGCUCUUCCAAAAAGCUUAGAGGUUUUGAUGCUGUACGGGAAUAGCAUAUCUGGGAAUAUACCAGUAGAGAUAGGAGGCCUCACAAACCUUACGACCCUCUACAUGGAAAGGAAUCUGUUUACUGGAAGCCUCCCAGACACAAUCGGGAAUCUUUCAAGGUUAUCUGGAUUAAGCCUAUCACAGAACAAACUUUCUGGACAAAUUCCGCCCUCAAUCAGUAAUCUAAGUCAACUGAAUGACCUCCUUUUACAGGACAAUGAUUUUAGUGGGCCAAUCCCAGAAGCUUUAGGAUACUGCAAAAAUUUAGAAACUUUGAACCUCUCUUGCAACAGCCUUGAUGGUGGCAUACCAAAGCAGCUUUUUACUCUUUCCUCCCUUACUCAAGGUUUGGAUUUGUCCCACAACCAACUCUCUGGACAAAUACCAUUUGAGAUUGGCGGCUUGAUCAAUCUCGGCCUGCUCAAUAUUUCCCAUAACCAGUUGUCUGGACAAAUUCCAUCCACCAUAGGCCACUGUGUCCACUUGGAGUUCCUCCACAUGGAAGGGAACCUUCUUGAAGGAAAAAUCCCAGAAUCAUUUGCGGAAUUGAGGGGCAUCAUCGAGCUAGAUCUGUCUCAAAACAAUCUUUCUGGAGAAAUACCUGAAUUGUUUGAGUCCUUCAGCUACUUGAACCUCCUCAAUUUGUCCUUCAACAACCUUGAAGGUCCAGUACCCACUGGUAGGAUAUUUCAUAACAAAAGUGUGGUGUACAUUCAAGGGAACAAGAACUUAUGUGGGAGCAGUCCCCUGCUCCAAUUGCCACUUUGUGAUGCGAAGGCCUCCAGACAAAACCGCAGUUCCAAAAUUCUGAAGGUACUAGGAUUGAGUGCUCUUUCUUUGCUCCCAUUAUCAUGCUUAUUAGUAGCCAUCCUUUUGAAGAAGAGGAACAAAGUCAAACGAGCAGCUCAUCCAUCCUGCAAGGAAUUGAAAACUUACUCAUAUGCUGAUUUGGUCAGAGCAACAAAUAAUUUCUCCUCAUACAACUUGGUCGGUUCAGGAAUAUCCGGAUCAGUUUACAAAGGUAGAUUUGAGUCUGAAGAACAUGCAGUUGCUAUUAAGGUUUUUAAACUUGAUCAACUUGGCACACCAAAGAGCUUCCUUGCUGAGUGUGAGGCACUGAGGAACACUCGUCAUCGUAAUCUUCUAAAGGUGAUUACUGCAUGCUCAACCUUUGACCCAUCAGGACAUCAGUUCAAAGCUCUUAUCCUUGAAUAUAUGCCUAAUGGUAGCCUAGAGAGCUGGCUCCAUCCAAAUUUGAGCAAGUAUGGGUUGGAAAUACCAUUAAGUUUUGCCUCCAGAAUAACAAUAGCAACAGACAUAGCUUCUGCUUUGGAUUAUCUGCACAACUGUUGCAUGCCUCCUGUAGUCCAUUGUGAUUUGAAGCCCAGCAAUGUCCUUCUUGAUGAUGUCAUGGGUGCACGUCUUGCUGACUUCGGGUUAGCUAAAUUUCUUCAAAGUUUUAGUCAUUCAAGCCAUCAUAGUUCUACAAGCUUACUGGGACCAAGAGGAUCAAUUGGAUACAUUGCACCAGAGUAUGGAUUGGGGAGCAAACCCUCAAUGGAAGGCGAUGUCUACAGCUACGGAAUUAUUAUGUUGGAAAUGCUUACAGGAAAGCGUCCAACAGAUGAGAUGUUUACUAACGGUUUGAACCUUCACAGAUUUGUGAGCAAUGCAUUUCCUCAAAAAAUUUGUGAGGUUCUAGACCCGUGUAUCGUUCCAAUUUCUGAGUAUGGUGACGUGGACUACAAUUUGGACCAUGGAAAUAAUGCAAUAGCUGGUGCAGAAAGCUGCAUCGUGCAUCUUAUGAAACUCGGUCUCUCGUGCUCUAUGGAGACACCAAAAGAUCGACCAGCAAUGCAGGAUGUUUAUGCUGAAGUCAUCACAAUCAAAGAAGCAUUUGCAGCGCUACAUAUUGUUGAAUAA